CUUCAGCAAUGUCCCGGAUGCGUGUUCACAUGUUUUUGAGUGGACUUGACCAAGAGUAUGAUCAGGUGCGUGGAGAAAUCCUGCGCAAGGAGCCUAAAUUCUCCUUGGAGCAGAGCUAUGCUUACAUUCGCAAGGUGCAAUCAGAGAAACAAGCUAUGGGGCGUUCUGUGCAAACUGAAUCUUCUGUGAUGGCUGUUCAACGCCGACCCGGUCCUCCUCCAGGCUUCUCAGGUCCUUCUCCACGCCGUCCUCACGACAAACCAAACCCAUACGCAAACAAAAAAUGUGUUGUCUGUGGGGAAUUAGGUCAUACCAAGGAGCGGUGCUAUGAAGUGAUUGGCUACCCUGAUUGGUGGGACUUCACCAGGAAACCGCGAAAGAAUCCGGGCAAGGCGGCUAUUGCUACUACAGAGGAAGAGCAUCUAGACAAUGCCUCCGCUAAUGUAGCACAGUCAGGACAUUCUGACUCGGCGGAUUCUUGGUUAUGGUGUUAGAAGGGGAAAAUUAUACUACCUGGAUCUGACAGAGUCUGGAGAAAAACAGAAGCAUCUUUUGGGGCAAGCUAAUCAGAUUAAUGGGGUAGAGCAUGCAAAGGAAGCUGUAUGGUUAUGGC